AUGGUGUUCCGUGUGGGCAAUAUCGAUGUCCUGCAAAAACCAACAACUCCAACCACCGAGCCAAUAGCGAAGUACGACGGGCUGAAGCCAAGCGUCACCGAGCUUCCUGCGGGCUUCCAGAAGACUGCCGGGCACCGUGCUUUCCGAGCGAAAACGAUCUUCGAGAAGGACAUUGCCGUUCCGCUGCGCGAUGGCGCCACCAUUCGCGCUGACGUCUUCCGACCUGCUGAUGUGGUGCACAAGGUGCCUGCGCUUGUUGCAUGGAGUCCCUACGGCAAAAGCGGCACUGGAUUCUUCUCCCUGGACCUCGUUCCGGGCCGUGUUGGAGUCUCACAAGAUAGACUGUCGGGAUUUGAAUGCUUCGAAGGCCUUGAUCCCGCAGAGUGGACGGCCAGAGGCUACGCAAUAGUGAAUGUUGACGCUCGAGGUGCAUUUGGCUCUGAGGGCGAUUUGAGAUGGUUCGGCAGCGCUGAGGGUCGAGACGGACACGACGCAAUUGAGCAUCUUGCAACCCUGCCGUGGUGUAGCGGGAAGAUCGGACUGGUCGGGAACUCCUGGCUAGCUGCUGCGCAGUGGUUCAUCGCAGCAGAGCAGCUCCGCACCUGA